AUGGAUGGAAAUGGUGCAUGCAAGCAGUGUCCGAGAGAGAUGGAAACAAUACAUGUGCUAAGAGACUGUCGUGUAUCAAGGGAUAUUUGGAACUUAUUGAGGUCAGAUUUACAGGACACUUUUUUCUUUUCUCUUCCUCUUAGGGAGCGGCUGAAAGAAAAUGCAUAUGAGUCAAAAGAUGGCUACUGGAAAACUUUGUUUGUUGUAACGUGCUGGCGUAUUUGGACAAGAAGAUGUCGUGUGGUCUUCAAUGAGGACGUGGAUGAAGAGAAAGACGUGGGACUUCUCAGAAAUAUCAGACUGACUACUAUGAUCGUGGUAAGUGCUUUAUCAGGAGCUGGUGGCCUUAUUCGAGCUGCAGAUGGGAAAUGGUUGAUGGGUUUUCAAGCUUGCCUGGGGUUUUGUUCAAAUAAUGUGGCUAAGAUGCAAGCUUUACGAUUGGGAUUGUUAUUGGCAUGGGGCUUGGGCUUUAGAGAUGUCCAAUGUAGUGUUGACUCAAAGGUGGUGGUAGAUUUGAUUGCUGAUGCUGAUCAACGGUUUAAUCCUCAUGGGAAUCUCAUUGAAGAUGUUCGUGCUAGUAUAAGAAUAUAA